AUGGGUUCUACUUCCUAUAAUCCCGAUGGUUACGCACCAAUCCAGCAGGGAAGAGUUGUUGGCUUCGAGCAGGACGAACUCGAUGGGUUUAUGCAAAUGGCGACCAAGGCGCUUCGGUCUGGGAAGGCAAAGCUGCGAGAGCGAAACGAAGACCGUGUCGAACUUUCGCCGAAGUGGUUGUCCAACCUAUGGGAAUCCAAAUCGACUUAUCCAGACCGUUUACCCACAUACUUGGAUAUGCAUCUCGGAACAAGUGAACCAAGCCCAUUGUCGUCCCCCGUGGGACCCCUUUCCGCGUCGCCCGAGUCGGACCCUUUUAUGAGACGCCUCUCUGGGCACACUGAGGACUCGAUGAAAUACUCUGCAGACACACUCUCCUCGGGCUAUGAUCAUCUUUCCAGGUCUUCUCUGCUGGAUCCUGAACAUGGACUUGGCCCAUCUGGUCUAGAUCGCAUACGUCAACAGCCAUCACGCGUCUUUACCCUUCCGAACAUGUCUGCCUCAUCGCUCGCACCGAUGACCUCACGUAGCCAUUCACCUUCACCACGCUCCGCUUCUUCGACCAGAGCCCACCCCUCACGCCUCCCAUCGACCGAAGAAUUCGGCACAUUAGAAGAUCUCCACCGCUUCCCGUGCGAAUCGCUACAUUCGUUUUCCUUUGCCCAACAAUCCGAGGAACUACUGAAUAAUCGGCAUAACAUACUGAAAAGGUCAAUAGACUUCAUGCGCGAUCGCUUCGGCUGGACCACCAGCAACAGUGCGGGGCUUGCUGGCGCUCAGGCUCGAUUCGGUGGAGAUGCUGAUACCCAGAGCGUGGUGGACUACUUGUCGAAAACCAGUGUUUCGGGCAGGGAUGACCGCUACAACUACGCUGGGUUAUCGCGCGGACCUAUGACCGGACCUGCUGAUGUGGACAGUGGCAAUAUCUUUGAAAGGGCAUUUGCAGAACCCCAGCUUUCCGCGAACCACUUUAGGGACAUGGUCCAGGAGCAGGGACCGCCCGAUGCCCUGCGUUCCUCGGGCCAGGCAUCAGAAGAUCUAGCGUCCCCGCUGAGGACAGACUCGAGGCCGUACCCCAGGCGCGUAAGCAUAAAGAAACGUACUUAUACCGAGGCUGGCUCUAUUACUGCCCAGGGCAAGCUGAUGGAAACUCUAGCACCCUUCACCGCCACGGACCCCUUAUCUCCUACCAGUACCUCAAGCCUAGGAUAUGGUUUCCCGGUUCCUGUCCUACACACCCACAGCAGCAAGUGGACACCCGCAUCACAAGCCGUGUUCAGGACCGAGUCGCAUGAACCAUGGACCAUCUUGGCGGCGAAUGACAUCUCGUGUCUCAUCUUUGGUGUCACACAAGCGGAACUCCGCAAGCUAAGUAUCCUCGAAGUCGUACAGAAAGACCGCAGACAGUGGGUUGAGUCGAAACUGCGGGACCCCACCACUGAUGCUGCCGUAAGGGCCCAACCUUCGCCGGAUAAGACUCGUGUCAAGCCUGUGAAUCCGAAAUCGAUGGAAAUGGGCAAUGGUGUAACAGCGCAGCUGCUCAGCAAGCCUCCUUCUCGAGCAAGGGCUCCGAGGAGGGCCCAGACUGAUGACGGAUACGGCUCGAGCGCAAGGCAGCUGAAUCACCCGGCAACCAAGUCCCGAGGUGUACUGCUGUGCGGAGAUGUGGUACCCAUUGAAAAGCGCGAUGGCAAGAGAGGCUCUGCCAGCAUCUGGGUGAUGGAAAAGCGUGGUGGUUUGAUUUGGGUGAUGGAGGAGAUCCAGGAGAAUGUCGCGUUCGUUCGCUGCGAUGAAUCCUGGAACAUUGCUGACGCCACCGGUGAUAUUGACAAAGUCUGGGGUCAGGGUGCGGCGAAAACUGGGGAACGGAUCACGGAGUUGCUUCCUAAUCUUCCACCAGACUGCCUUGAAUCUCCUAUCGAUCAAGGCCUCAACAAAAUCACCGAGAAGAAGUACUUCGCUUCUCGCACAUCAGCUGGAAUCUGCAUACCGUCCACCAUCACCAAGGGCGACAGCUCAAGAUCCCUUCGAAUAUCGAGCUUUCCUCAUGUCGCAGGUAUGAUGGUGCUGUCCUCUUCGACUUUGAAAAUUGUCAGCUCCAAUUCCGUCUUCUCGUCCGCGCUGUUUGGACAUGAGCGACCUGAAGGCUUACACGUUAAUGAUUUGAUACCUGGCUUCGACGGCUUGCUGAACGUGCUCACCGAGGAGGAGAGUGUACCGCUGGUUGACGGUCUGGUGAUCUCUGAACCCAGCUUCCGGAGAGCGCGCACCCUCUCUAUUCUCCGCGAUGGCAAAUCCAAUGUGGCCUCUGUCUUCCUAGAACCAUCUGGCCUUGCUGCCGUGCAUCGCGAUGGCUCCUCGAUUGCUGUAGAUGUCCAGAUGCGCGUGGCGAAGAGCGGUACAAUGUUCCCCAAGGCACGAGAGGAUCCCAAUUCAGGAGACCACAGCGACUCGGAGUUUGAAGCUGUCACAGAGCUUGUAUACGCACUUUGGGUGACAUAUUCGAGACAUAUUCACUCGGCAGCUCCCGCGGCUGGCUUCCCUUCUCCGCCGUCCCGGACAGAAAGCCCGUCUUCUAUUUCUGCAUCGAAUCUGGCUUCCACAACGGCUUCUACUCCUUAUGCCAUUGGCUCGGAGCGGACAUCGGUAGAGACACACAUACCGACCUCUAGCUUAAGCCAGCAGUUGAGUGAAGCAGCCUCGCAACCGCUAACAGACAAACCAGUCCAGCCAGUGCCCGAAGUAAGACCGGCUGGUACCAAAGAGGUGCCCCAAAAACGAACAAUUGCCGAUUACAUUAUACUCGAAGAGAUGGGUCAAGGAGCCUACGGAGAAGUGAAGCUUGCGCGCAUGAAGAAGAUUCCGACCAAGAAAGUGGUUCUGAAGUAUGUUACGAAGAAACGGAUUCUUGUCGAUACAUGGACCCGCGAUCGUCGUCUAGGAACGGUACCAUUAGAAAUCCACGUUCUGAACUAUCUCCGACGCGACGGUCUGAAGCAUCCCAACAUCGUGGAAAUGGAAGGAUUUUUCGAGGACGAUAUCAAUUAUUACAUCGAGAUGACCCCACACGGGCUACCUGGAAUGGACCUCUUCGAUUACAUUGAGCUGAAAGCGAAUAUGGAUGAGGCGGAAUGCCAGAACAUCUUCAAGCAGGUUGUGGACGCAAUUCAUCAUCUCCAUACGAAGGCUUUGGUCGUGCAUCGCGACAUCAAAGACGAGAACGUCAUUUUGGACGGGGAAGGUCGGAUUAAGCUGAUUGAUUUUGGGAGUGCCGCCUAUAUCAAGAAUGGACCCUUUGAUGUGUUCGUGGGCACGAUUGAUUACGCGGCACCCGAGGUACUUCAGGGCAAAUCCUACCGAGGCAAGGAGCAAGACAUUUGGGCCCUUGGUAUCUUACUCUACACCAUCGUCUACAAAGAGAAUCCCUUUUACAAUGUUGACGAAAUCUUGGAUCACCCUCUUCGAGUCCCGUUCUUACCCUUCUCGGAGGAUUGCAUCGACCUUAUCCGGAGGAUGCUUGACCGAGAUGUGGACAACCGACUGACGAUCAGUGAAGUUUUGGAGCAUCCAUGGAUGAUUGACAGUUGA